CUGCAGAAACUUGUUCAACGUGAGACAAGCCAUUUCAGAGCUGCUCGACUCCUAGCACAGUCUGUCCUCUCACGGCUUCAAACAAAAAAGAAGAGAAUGCUUGCUUGACAGAAGACAAAGGAGGAGACGUAUUUAAACAGACUGUAGGAAAAUGGUCAGCACAGUAAUACUGAUUCUCUUCUGUGGAGAAAUUUGGAAAUCGCUUUCCACUGAAAUACCUUCAAACGUUUCCACAAGUGAAAGCAUUGUGCAUACCAGCACCGGCAGCCCGGCAGAGGACAGAUCUACCACGUACCAACUGCAAACAACCGGCCCCAGCAUGCAGAAGCCUGCAGGAGUGCUGACUGCUGGGACAGCACUGCCACAGCUGCCUGAAGCACACAUAGAGCCCACCAACGGGAGCUGGGUUGCAGCAAUGAUAGUGGGCAUCAUUUUGGUCGGUAUGGUAAUUGCGAUCAGUAUGAUUGUUCUAUGGAAAUGCUGCAAGAAGCCAUCGCUAGCCGAUUCAAACUGGGCAGGUCAGUCUCCGUUUGCAGACGGAGACACCCCAGAUAUCUUUAUGGACUCCAGCCAGGUUACCAAACGUUCCUCAGUUUUAUUUAUGUUGCCUUGGAAAUUAAGAGAAGAAGCACCCAUACGGCACGACCCUCCCGCACCGCAGAAACCACCCAACAGCACGGCCGGCAACGCCAGCAGGCAGCAGCCCCCGGCAGAGCACAGCUGCUCCGCCACCGCCACGGCUCCCGGCCCAGAAGCAGCGAGCCCAGAGCAGGCGCUGUGCCCACAGCCCGCCGAGGGCCCCGAGCUGCCGCCUCCCCCUGCGUGGCUCACUGAGCUCGAUGAGCCGGCCGAGCAGCACGCCUCGGAUCCUGGCCAGCAAGGGGAACUUCACUCGGAAGUGAAGGAGCCGUAUCCCCCACCGCUGCAGCUAAUUACCGAAGAGAUCUGUGAACCUCUGCCACAGCCAGAACAUCCUCAGUAGAUUGCCAAAAUAACUUUCCAAAAUGCUUCUCAUUUUUCUUAAAGCACUCUUCAAACAACUGACUAAUGGAGAAGUUGACACAGGCAAGAACAGUGAGACCGCAGCACGAGCAACAGCUCCCCGGCAUUUCUCAACGUCAGCUUUCACAAAAGGGAAGAACCCCUUUCUAUUCUGCCUGAAACAAAUGGUGGCAGAAUACAGCACGCCUGGUGCCCGCUGCAUGGCCUAAUAGUGACUCCACUGUGCAGAUAACAAAUGAUUCCUGAUUUUGGAGACUGCAGAAAACUGCGUGUGUACCUCUGUGUGUCAGUACAUGCAACACACAGAUGGAUGUGCAGAGUAAAACUUUAAAGGGACUCAGAGCUUCUUGCAAAGGUUUGUUCUAUUAAACUACAUAAAUGAACGCAAUGAAUUCAAGUUAAUUUUAAUAAAGCUUUCUAAUUCGAAGAUGUUUUGGUUGCUUAAAGCAUAACAGGGUUAUCUGCUUAGAUACAAAGCUUCUAAUUCAAAACAGUCUAAAUGCUCUGGCAUGCAUACAUACAGACUGCCUCAUACAGAGGUCUAUCUUCUGCGUCAGAUGGAGGAACCACUUGGGAACAGAGGAUGACAGGUAUUUAAAGCAAAUCCUCCAGCAGCAGCAGUCCAGAUCAAAGACUGAUGAAAUGCAUACUGUAAAAACUCUCAUUAUUUUGGUUUAUUUUUCAGUAAUAUUGUAGCAUAUUUUUGGUAGUACAGUGGCUGUGAAAAAGAGGACACGGCUCCAAACACAUGAAAUACGAAAAGGUGGUGUUCUACCCAGACACUUGGUUUUGGUGGAUGAAACAAACAGAACAUCGAGGCAGACGACUAUCAGAAUUAGCUGCAUAUGUUUACUAAUUUCUUCUUUUCUUCCUCUCAGCAGGAUUUGCAGAAUGGAUUCAAUGUUAUUAAAGUUUAAGAACUGGUUUACAGUUGUCUAGGUUGCAGGUUCCUUUAACUCCAGAUGCCCAGCUGGGCCCAUCCUUUCUGGGCCUCAAGUACGAGAGACGUUCACUGCCCUGUCCAGAACCAUGCAUUUUUAUUUUAACUAUUUGAUGGUAAAUUGAAGGGAAUUCUCAGAGGUAAAUUACAAGCAUGCAUAUUUUACUGGCAUUUAAUGCCUAGAUUUGUAGAAAGAUAAGAUUUGUAGAGAGAAGCUGCUAGAUACUAAAGCUGGGUUUCCAUGACAUCUCUGCAAAAUGACAAAGAACUUGCAGCCUUGAGUUUGUUGGGGGAGGGAAUAUACGUUUGGGUGUCACAUAGGCCACCUGUUUGUACCUAUUACAGUGGACAUUACAUUUUUAAAGUUACCACUAAAAAUUAUGUCUGAAGUUGGAUAUAUGCAACUCAAUACUGCUGCAUGUACAGAGAGAGUAGGAAAAGAUGUUUACUAUUUCUUUUUCUUAUGGUUUAUAUGAGAUGUAUGAGUGUGUAUGCCUAGAGAACAGCAUUCUGGAUGCUCAAAGACUUUGAGGCUUUAUGCACUGCACCACGUUAAAAUAUAUGCGUAUAUUUUGUAUGUGACAAAUGUAUAAAUUACAAACUAUGCAUACCCUUGCCA